CGGUCCCGGUGGGUCACAUGACGGAGCCGGACGGACCUCCUGACCGGCCUCCUCCUCCUCUCCGCUCCCCGCCUCUCGGUCGGCGGCUCCGUUAGCUCGCUGUUAGCCUCCAUCGGCCUCCGAAGCACCGGAACAUGGCGGACACCGUCAGGGACCCUCCGCCGGACGGAACCGACUUCCACGAGCUGGAGGACGGCGAGGAGCUGUUCCCGGAGCCAGCGGCCGCACCGGAGGAGUCACAACCAGCCAGUUUGCCUGCCGAGGACAUCAGCACCAACUCUAACGGACCCAAACAGGAUUUACUGUUCGACGACGAUCCAGAAGAUCUGUUCGCCGAGGCGACCGAGGAGGUUUCGUUGGACAGUCCGGAGAGAGACGUCCUGCUGUCGGACGGCCCGUCGCCCGCCAUCACCCCAAUAACUCCGCCCACCUCCGUCAUCACGCCCAGAAUCGGCCACGCCCACGACGACAUGUUCACACACUCCUCCUUCGACGAGAUUGAGGAGGAAGAAGGCGGCGAUUCUUUCGACAUCCACAUAUCAGUGUCCGACCCGGAGAAAGUUGGUGACGGGAUGAAUGCCUACAUGGCCUAUAAAGUCAGCACUAAGACCUCCAUGUUGCUGUUCAAGCAGAAGGAUUUCUCGGUAAAACGGCGUUUCAGUGAUUUUCUGGGGCUCCACAGUAAACUAGCCUCCAAGUAUCUCCACGUCGGCUACAUCGUCCCUCCUGCUCCGGAGAAAAGCAUCGUGGGGAUGACGAAGGUGAAGGUUGGGAAGGAGGACCAGUCGUCCAAUGAGUUCGUGGAGAAGAGAAGGUCGGCUCUGGAGAGGUAUCUGAUGAGGACGGUGAAGCAUCCUAUCCUGCUGAAGGAUCCCGACGUCCUGCAGUUCCUGGAGAGCUCUGAGUUGCCGCGGGCCGUCAGCACUCAGGCUCUGAGCAGCGCUGGACUCCUGCGAAUGGUGAACAAAGCUGCUGACGCCGUCAACAAGAUGACGAUCAAGAUGAACGAAUCAGACGCUUGGUUUGAGGAGAAGCAGCAGCAUUUUGAGAAUCUGGACGUCCAGCUGAGGAAACUUCACGCCAGCGUUGAGUCUCUGGUCUGUCACAGGAAAGAGCUGUCGGUGAACACCGCUCAGUUCGCCAAGUCGGCGGCCAUGUUGGGGAACAGCGAGGACCACACGGCUCUGUCCAGAGCUUUGUCUCAGCUGGCCGAGGUGGAGGAGAAGAUCGACCAGCUGCACCAGGACCAGGCCAACGGAGACUUCUACCUGUUCUCAGAGCUGCUGGGGGAUUACGUACGACUGCUGACCGCCGUCAAGGGAGUGUUUGAGCACCGGAUGAAGACGUGGCAGAAGUGGCAGGACAGCCAGAUGCUGCUGCAGAAGAAACGAGAAGCUGAAGCCAAACUUCAGUUCACCAACAAACCGGACAAACUGCAGCAGGCCAAAGACGAGAUCAAGGAGGAGAUUGAGGAGUUGGAGGGAAAAGUCCAGCAAGGUGAAAGAGACUUUGAGCAAAUCUCCAAAACCAUCCGCAAAGAAGUCAGCCGCUUCGAGAAGGAGCGAGUGAGAGACUUUAAAAUGAUCAUCGUCAAAUACCUGGAGUCGCUGGUUCUGACACAACAGCAGCUGAUUAAAUACUGGGAGGCCUUCCUGCCCGAGGCCAAGGCCAUCUCUUAGACUCCACAGUCCAACCGGCUCCGGUUAAAGCUACACUACCCACGAUGCACCUGCUCUCCCAGCUCUCCCUCCUGCUCCUGUUUAAUCACAGAGUCAAGAAAAGAAGUGAGGCGGCGAAUCAAGUGACUUUUCUGCAGUAAAAAACAACAUAAUUCAUCGUCUUUCUUUUCUUUUUUUGCUGAACUCUGCUGCGUUCAUGUAAAAAAAAAAAAAAAUCAACAGAAUCUGAAUUCUUAUUUGGAUUUUUUUUCUGUUUUCUUUUAAAUCUGAAACCUGCAGUGACUUUUAUUUUCCCUACUGUGAACGCAGCACGAGUUCUACGGCUCUGGUGGCGGCUUCUAACGUGGUGUCGGUCUCUACGGUCACGAAUUUAUUGAUCUGCUCCAUCACCGGACGCGACGGGUAACGGGUGUCUGCACGUUCUUAUCUGAGGUUAUUUUUUAACAAAACAAUCUCAAAGUUGCUCAGAAAAAGAUUGAAAUCAACACUUUGAGGUCCAGAAAAUUGAGUUUUUCUCCCUCAUUAGUUUGCUGUUUGGAUGUACGGAAGUUCAUUUUGACCAUGAAUAAAAUAAAAACAGAAAAGAUGAAAAGUUUGAGAUGGAAAAAAAAUGCUUUAAGGAGUUGCAAGAAAAAGUAAAAAAAUUACCACAAAUUUAAAAAUUUCAAUUUUUAAAUUGUGAAAACGUUCAAAAUUUGGAAGUGUGGAGGCUCAUUUCGACAACAUUUCGACUACGACUAGAAAAAGCGAUAAAGAUGAAAAGUUAGAGAUGAUAAAAAUAUGUUUCAGGGAGUUGUAAAGAAAAGAAUUAGAGUAAAAUCAAAAAUUUCAAUUUGUAAGUUGUGAAAACAUUAAAAGCUUGGUUGUAUGGAGGCUCAUUUCACCCAUGAAAUUUAAAUCAGAAACAGAAAAGAUGAAAAGGUAGAGAUGCUAAAAAUCAUGUUGUAAGGAACUUUAAGGAAAAGAAUUAUGAUAAAAUCAAGUAUUUUAAUUUGUAAGUUGUGGAAAAAGUGCUGAAUUCAGACAAAUGCAUGAUUUAUGGGCCUUUUCAGCACAAAUUUUUACAAGUAGUAAAUAAGCCGCGAGUGAUAAAAAAGCAACAAUAGAGCAAAUAAAUAACUGAUCAUGAAAGUUACCAUAUAAAGCACUGCCGUUACAGUGUCUUAAAUGGUUUGUGAAAUGAUUUUGUCGCUACACUUAAAAAAGAUGAAAAAAAAUGGUCUUUUCUGACUUUUCCAUCUUCUUUUCCUGCCGUGAAUGAGUUUCCAUACAUGUCCCUAAACACUACAGUUCCCAUGAGCUUCGGCGGCAGACGGAGACAGAACUGUAGAAAAUUUAAAUUAUCCAAUGAACCUGACAUGCCUGUAAUUCCGCCCGGCAACAGGAUGAUAAUGCUCGCUGAUUGGAUGCUUUGUGCUGCAGUGUCUUGUGGGAGUUGUAGUUCUCUCCUAACGUUUUACUUUUCCCAGGGAUUUUGUUUCUUGAAACCAGGAAUGUGAAACAAAUGAGACUUCCUGCUUCAUUAGCCGCUGGUUUUUAUCCACUUCUACUCAGCAGGUCGUUAAAAACGGGAGUUUAUCCACUAAAAACCCGAAAAUGAAACCAUUAAACCAGAACAUCUGAGACGAGAAACCGAUCUGGAGUCGGCGAUGAAGGACGACCGACCGCUUCCUUUGCUUUGUGUCUUCUUCUUCCUGUCACCUGCUCACCUUGUGACCUCACUUCCUGUCACGCCCCAUCGUGUUUUUGUUGCUGUAUGAUCGCAAGUGAAGGCAACGUUUUCUGUUUCUGUUAACAAUUUAACCGAUCAAUCCAACAAUGGAGCUGUAUUCAGUUUAGCUUUUAAUCUGUACCAUCGUUGGUUCUUCCCCCAGAAUCGGUCAAAUGAGGAAAACAUUUGAUCCGGUUUCAUUUUUUCUGUCUUAAAUUUCCAAAAAAGUCCAAAAACAAUCUGUAAAACCCAACUGCAGAGGAAACCGUGAUGUUUAGAAUUUUUACAUUUACCAGGAGCCAAAGAAACGAAGCUGUUCGUUAGCAUCUUUAGCUUGUUAGCACCUUUACAUCGCUGCCACCUUGAGCUCAUUGGUGACUUGAGCUCAUUUCCUUCUUUAGCUAGUUGCCAUCUUUAGCUCAUUAGCAUCUUUAGCUCAUGAUGCUCCAGGCUUAGCUCCAGGCUUAGCUCCAGGCUUAGCUCCAGGCUUAGCUCCGGAUGUGGUGGAAGUGAGGGUUCGUCAGGUGACAGCGUCCGUCCGUCCGUCCGUCCAGAGAUCAGCCUCUGACUGUGAUGAAUAUUUUUCCGGCUGUUUCUCUUCUUGUUGAUUUAAUUUUGUUGAAUUUAAAAGUCCUUUGUUUAUCAUAAUAAAAUCCCUGAGUCCAUCACAGAAGCUACGAAUCGGACGUAUUUGAUUGAAACUGGAACUAUUUUACAUUUUUUUGUUCCUUUUUUCCUCAUCCAGAGUCUUGAAUCAUAAAUCCGUGUCGAUCGCUUCCUUUGUUAUCUCUCUUAUUCCUGUUUGUGUUUUGCCGCUGAAUGAAGUGCAAUGGUUGGUUUGAUUUUUAUUUUUUGCAGAUGAUGAAAAGCUUUAUCUGACGAUUUUUUUUCACUUUGAUGUGGCAUUCCUGCAGCGGCAGCAGAAGUUUCAGUCGUUUAAUAAAGGAAUGUAUCUCAUCCACA